AUGAGCAUACAACCCAGCCAAAAUGUUACACUAGAAGAGAAGGUCCACGAGAGGGUUGUGCAGCACGUGCAUCUUCCUAAACGUAUUUCUCAAAUUAAAUUUAGUGUUUUUACUCCGGAAGAUAUUAGAAGAAUGUCUACUGUACAAAUUUAUAAUCAACAUUAUUAUACACCUGAUAAGAGAGGUUUUCCUCAUGGUCCUCUUGAUCCUAGGUUAGGUACCGGAACAAAAAAGGAUAUUUGUGAGACUUGUGGAUUAGGUGUUGCUGAUUGUAUUGGACACUAUGGAUAUGUAAAGUUAGAAUUACCUGUUUUUCAUAUUGGUUUUAUUUCUAAUGUUGUGGAAGUUUUACAAAGAAUUUGCAAGGAUUGUUCUCGUGUUUUACUAUCAGACUCUGAAAUUCAAUCAUUCAGAAACAAAUUCAAGAGGCCGAUGGACAACCAACAAAAGAAAGCUUUAUAUAAGAAAGUUGGUGAAUUAUGUAAAAAAUGUUCUCAAUGUCCUCAUUGUGGAUCAUUGAAUGGAAAAGUAACCAAAUUGAAUGCAAUUAAAAUAGUACACGAAAAGUACAAAGUUGCCUCAACAAGAAAAGGAAAGGAUGACAUUGAUCAACAAUCAAGAGAAUUCCAAAGUGAAUUUGGAUUGGCUGUUCAAUUAAACCCUGAAAUCGAGCCAUUUUUAGGAGAGGCACAGGAUGACAUUAAUCCAAUUAGAUGUCUUAGAUUAUUUAAAAAUAUUUCUGAUACAGAUGUGGAAGUUUUGAACAUGAAUCCUAAGGUUGUAAGGCCUGAAAACUUUAUUCUUACACACAUUCUUGUUCCACCACUUGUUAUUAGACCAACUGUUAAUACUGACGGUGGUACUAAUGAAGACGAUCUGACAGCACAAAUGAAGAAGAUUAUUGAAACAAAUAUUAUUUUGAGAGAAAGUGUUGAACAAGGUGCAAUUGUUCAAAAUUUUAUGGAAAAAUGGGAUACUUUGCAACUUGAAACAGCACUUUAUAUUAACAGUGAUACAAGAAAUAUUCCAUCAUUUGUAACAAAGAAGAAGGUUAGUAAGACUCUCUGCCAAAGACUUAAGGGUAAGCAUGGUAGAUUCAGAGGUAAUUUGAGUGGUAAAAGAGCCAACUUUACUGGUCGUACUGUCAUUUCACCUGAUCCAAACUUGGAAAUUAAUCAAGUUGCCAUUCCAGAGUUGGUUGCUAAGGUACUUACUUAUCCUGAAGUUGUGAACAGAACAAAUAAGAAAUUAUUACAGUCAUUAAUUUUGAACGGCCCAGAGGUUCACCCUGGUGCAAACUUUGUUAUUAAGAGUGAUGGUAUUAGAAAGAACCUUGCUUUUGCCAAAGAUAAGAUGGAAGUUGCUAAAAAUUUAAAGUUUGGUGAUAUUGUCGAACGUCACGUAAUGAAUGGAGACUAUGCUCUUUUCAACAGACAACCUUCAUUGCACAGACUCAGUAUUAUGUGUCACCGUGUUAAGGUUUUACCUUACAGAACAUUCAGAUUUAACGUUUGCGACUGUGCUCCAUAUAACGCUGACUUUGAUGGUGAUGAAAUGAACGUUCACAUUCCACAAACAGAAGAAGCAAAGGCUGAAGCUGGUAUGCUUAUGGAUAUUCUUAAAAAUCUUAUUACUCCAAAGAACGGUGACCCAGUCAUUUCUUGUAACCAAGACUUUUUGACUGCUGCCUGGAAAAUGACAAGAAAAAAUACUUUCUUUGAUAGAGCAGAAUUUUGUAUGCUUUGUUCUUAUAUGGGUAUUGAGGAUAAGAAGAUUGAUCUUCCUCCUCCAACUAUUUUGAAACCAAUUGAGUUAUGGACAGGAAAACAACUUUUCUCACUUUUAGUUAAACCAAACAAUAAUACUAAUGUAUUUGUCAACUUUGAAACAAAGGCUAAAAACUACCUUAAAGAUGAAACAAUGUGUCCUAAUGAUGGUUAUGUUUGCUUUAGAAACAGUUAUUUGAUUUGUGGUAACUUGGAUAAGAAAAUUCUUGGUGACGGCAGUAAGAGUUCAUUGUUUUAUGUUUUAAUUAGAACUGUAGGUCCUGCUUAUGCUGCAGCUUGUAUGGCCAGAGUAGCUAGAGUUGCAUCUAGAUGGUUGAUGAAUUAUGGUUUCUCAAUUGGUAUUGACGAUGUCAUGCCAUCUGCACAACUUACAGAAAAGAAGAAGAUGAUUUUAUCUGAAGGUUAUGCUGUUUGUGACGAAUAUAUCAAACUCUAUAAGGAUGGUAAAUUAGAACCUCAACCAGGUUGCAAUAUGGAACAAACUCUUGAAGCAAAACUUAACAGAGAACUUUCAGAAAUCAGAGGUAGAGCUGGUAGUAUGUGUUUGGAUGAGUUGCAUUGGCUUAAUGCUCCACUUACCAUGUCUGUCUGCGGUUCUAAGGGUUCCGUUAUUAACAUUUCACAAAUGAUUGCUUGUGUAGGUCAGCAAACUGUCGGUGGUACUCGUAUUGCUAACGGUUUUAUGAACAGAACACUUCCUCACUUCCCAAUGUUUGCCAGAGAUCCAGCUGCUAAGGGAUUCGUUUCAAACAGUUUCUUUACUGGUCUUACUCCAACUGAAUUCUUCUUCCACACUAUGGGUGGUAGAGAAGGUAUCGUCGAUACAGCUGUCAAGACAGCCGAAACUGGUUAUAUGCAAAGAAGAUUGAUGAAGGCUUUAGAAGAUUUGUUUGUUGCAUAUGAUGGUUCUGUAAGAUCAGCUGACAAUACUGUUAUUCAAUUCAAAUAUGGUGACGACGGAAUGGACCCUCAUAGAAUGGAAAGUGAAGAGAGUGGUAGACCUCUCAAUUUCACAUUUGUUAUGAUGCAUGAGAAGAAUAUAAAUCUUCCAACCAAGGAUGAAAAAGCUCUUACACCUGAUGAAAUUAGACAAAAGCUUGAUUCCUUCCUCAAAGAAAAGGAAUCUAAUAUAUUUUCUGAUAAGUUCAUUGAUGAAUUGAGUACCUUCACAAACAAUUAUAUUUUCAAGUUGGAAAAUUUAUUGAAGGGUGUUGCAGCAGCCAAUAGUAUUAGAGAUGAAAAUGAAAAUAAUGCAUGGGAAAAGGUUGUUCACUAUAUUGAAAAGAUUACAGAUAGACAACUUACUUCAUUCUUCCGUGCUUGUAGAAGCAAGUAUUUCCGAGCUCUUGCUGAACCUGGUGAACCUGUAGGCGGUAUUGCUGGCCAAUCUAUUGGUGAACCAACCACACAAAUGACAUUGAAAACUUUCCACUUUGCUGGUGUUGCCAGUAUGAACGUUACUUUGGGUGUUCCUCGUAUUAAGGAAAUUAUCGAUGCUACCAAGAAUAUCAGUACUCCUAUUAUUACUGCUUACUUGGAUACUCCACUUACAGCAACUAAGAAACAAAAAGAAAUGGCUGCUCGUGUUGUUAAGGGUAGAAUUGAAAAGACCACUCUUGGUCAAGUUGUCAACUACAUUCGUGAAGUUUACAAUUUGGGAAUUUGCUACAUUGAGAUUGAUUUGGAUGUGAAACAAAUUUCUGCACUUCAACUUGAUAUUACACCUGAAACUGUCAAGAAUAGUAUAUUGUACUCUCCUUUAAUGAAAUUUGAAAAGGGUAAAGAAAAAUCAAAGGAUAAGACCAAACUUUCUGAUGAACCAAAUCUCGUACAGAUUCAAAAGGGUAAAGUAAGAGUUUAUCCACCAUCUGUAGAUAGAGAUCGCAUGUACUUCAAUAUUCAAAAAUUGAAGAGAUACUUACCUGAAGUUAUUGUUGCUGGUAUUCCAACUACCAACAGAGCUGUCAUUAACGAAGAAAAAGGAAAUGUUUAUCUUUUGGUUGAAGGUACUGACUUGUUGGCUGUUAUGGGCACCCCAGGUGUUCUAGCCAAGACAACCAAGACCAACAAUAUUAUUGAAAUUUCACAAACUCUAGGAAUUGAAUCAGCAAGACAACUUAUCAUGGAUGAAAUCAAGUACACAACUGGUAGUUAUGGUAUGAAUAUCGAUACCAGACACAUUAAGCUCUUGGCUGACAUUAUGACAUUUAAGGGUGAUAUUUUCGGUAUUCAAAGACACGGUAUCAUUAAGAUCAGAGACAGUGUAUUGAAGAUGGCCUCUUUCGAACAAACUACAGACCAUCUCUUUGAAGCUGCUUCUCAUACUCGUGUUGAUGAUGUCAAUGGUGUUUCUGAAUGUAUUAUCAUGGGUGUUCCAAUUCCAAUUGGUACAGGUUUAUUCAGAUUAUUACAAGAUGCUCAUGUUGAUAAGAAACGUUCAUUACCAAUCAAUAGAAAGAAGCCUAUUUUUUCAACUAAAUCAUUACUUUCAUAAUUUAUUAAAGAUUAAAUAAUUUUU